AUGUCUCUUCGCUUGUUAAUAGAAGAUUGGUUGGACCCCAAGCAGACGUUUCUGUCUGUGCUCGUCGGGGACUUAGAGGAUUUCGUCGAGGAACUAUGCCUGGAGUGCGCUCAUCCAAGUAAAAGCAAGCGACUAGAACGCUUGCGGCACUUUCAAGCGGAUUUACGGGCCCUUUUGGCGCAGUGGGAUUGGCUGGUUGACCGUGAGUUGGCGCGCUACUUUCAUAGAAGGCUCUUGCAAGAAAGAUACGAAUCGCUGUGUGGGGAUUUGAAGGUUAUAAGGCAGUGUUUGGCUCAGAAGCUUACUAACUCGGUCUGGAACAGGCUCUACGUCUAUUUCAAUCGGUUCCGGAACCGUUUACGCUAUCACGGCGUCAUGGAGGUCCAAAACAGGCUUUUUCAGGAAGCACUUGCCGGGUCAUACCAGGAGGCCGCCAAUAUGGUCGGUCUCCCGAAUGACAACAGCGUCCAGCUCAAGUGGUUCCUUUACGCAGCCUGUGAGGCACGGUACCCACGGGCCGACCCCAGGCUCCGGGUGCGGAUCAGCGACCUCAUUCUGGCGCGCCGCAGAGUCAUUACGCGUCAAUCAAGCCACCUUCCGCGCGCGACGGUCGACUUCACUCGCACCAUUGAGCUUCCUCCGAUCCCCGGGAUACUACCUGAUAAGCACUUCAUUCGGUGUCCUUACUGUGAGCACAGAUUUUUAUCCCAGAAUCUUAGUCAAUCGAAGUGGAGACGCCACCUGAUGGAAGACUUGCGGCCCUAUCUCUGCAUGUGGGCGCUGUGUCCACACACGUUCAGCUCCAUUGACGCUUGGCUCAACCAUCUCAAGGACGCCAAAGCUCACCCUGCGAAGCUUCUGGCUUCAUUCUUGAACGAAUGCCCCUUCUGUGGUUUUCCUUGCGCCGAUUACCAGUGGUCCUCGGUGGAGAAGCUGCUGAGACAUAUUGCAGAACGUCAUCUGGAGGAACUUUUUCUGUUGGCACUUCCGGGGGGCCCGACGGAUUUGUUCUCGAAUGUCUUUCUGAAAGAAGAGAAGAUUAGCCUGGAGCCUUACGAGGCUCUUGAGGCUCACGAGGCUUAUUUUAUGCCUUUCGGGAGCCCACAGGAUGAUGAAGUCGAAGAGAGUGUUGAUACAGAGGAAGACGACGGCCUGACCUCUGAGGGAGUCCGCUCUCCUCGCUCCUUAAUUUAG